CACAGGAUGACAGCAGACAAGUCUGAGCUCUUGUCUUACUUGAAGCUUCUCAGACUGCCUUGAAAAUAUAAAUGCAAAGUUUUCAGGAUCUGCAUAACAAUGAUCAGUUUGCCUUUUUUAAUUUUCAGUGUGAUGGCUGCACUCAAAGCAUCAUCAUCAUCAACAUCAUCGUCAUCUCUUAGGAUUUUGACAAAGGACUGCAAUCAGAUGGGCCUUGACAAUUACAGAGAGUCCAACUGCUCAGACAUGGAAAAGGUUCCUCGGGUGAAAGCUUCUGUAGGUCCAGAGUGGGAUUCUGUACAAGUACAAACCAGCAAGGACGGAUCAGUUCCUGUUGUGAAUGUGUCUUGGAAACUACAAAGUGAUGCGGGCUUAAGGGCAAUCAAUGGCUCAGAGAUAAACAUCAGAGAUGAAACUACAAAUCAAAGUGUGUGUGAGCAGAUUCAUUUCUCUGUUUAUAACAUGGAAAAUUCAAAGCAGGAAAGGUGGACUUUUUCCUUGGCUGUUGUGGUAGAACCGGAGCAUACGUACAACAUCACAGUGUUUCACUUCCCUGAACCUGACUUCAGAGAUUACAGGAUUAAGACCCAAACUACUGUACCAGGAUGUAAAGACCCCAGAAUCAAAAACUCCCAACUGUGCCAGGAGAACGGUAGUCUAUGGAAUCCCAGGAUAGCUGCUGCGCUCAGUGACAAGAAAGAUUUGAUUAAUGUGGAGUUUGACUCGGCGGAGCAUUCAGAGAGCUACCUCGUCUCCAUCCAGAGUGGAAGUGUAAAUUGUUCCAAACUGGUCAAUAAGGAAAACAGGACGCGUCUGAAUGUGACGCUGGGGUGUGUUUCGUUUCAUUUGUCACAAUACGAAGUAACGAUCCAACCAUAUUUCAUUGGCUGCAAAAAUAACUGUGAGAGUGCUAAGAAAAGCAUAACAAGAAGGCAAAGCAGCAGAUCGAUAAAGAUCUGUUUAGGAAUGAUGUUGAUCUUCGUUGGUGUUCUUGUUUAUUUGCUGCAGAAAGCGUCUCACAAAGCGCCUCCAGUCACUCCUGCCUCGGCUGACAAGCAGCAACCGGACGUUUUUCACGUUCAAGAGAGAAAACGUGUCCUCGUCAUUUACUCCCUCGACCAUCGGUUAUAUAAGAACAUCGUUCUGAAGUUUUCCGCCUUCUUAGCGGCGAAAUGUGGCACAGACGUGGUCCUAGACCUGCUGGAUUCAACCAGACUGGGAGUACUGGGCAGCAUCCAGUGGCUUGAGUGGCACAAAGAGCAAAUUGAGAGGUCUUCAGAUAAAAUAUUAAUUCUUUGCUCCCGAGGAGUCCAAGCUAAAUGGAGAGCCAUGUGCGGAGGCAAGCAGGUUUUUCUGAGAGAGGACGCUCUCUCUCCUAUCGGUGACACGCUCACUCCUUCCCUGACUCUCCUGGCGCCAUAUUUUAUCCGCUCGGCGUCGUUUGAAAAGUAUAUCGUGGCGUACUUUGAUGACGUAUGUUCCGAGGAAGACAUCCCGUCGCCCUUCAAGAUUACGGUGCGCUACAAGCUGAUGAAGCAGUUUGAGGAGGUCUUCUUCCGAAUCCUGAACACAGAAAAACACGAACCGGGCCGAGUGAAGCAAAUCAGCGGGCUCUCGGAGGACAAAUACCACGAGUGUCCUUCAGGGGGCGCCCUAAGAGACGCCAUAGAGGCCUUCCGCAAGUAUCAGCUGGAGCAUCCGUACUGGUUCCAGGAGGAGUUACUGGAACGCUCCGAGCUGGAGGACCUGGAGGCCACAGAGGAAGGCGAUGAAGAGAAAAUAGGAAUUACAGACCACUUAGCAUGUGUGUUCAAUUCGGUCCAACUCAUCAGUGACAUGGAGAUCCAAAAACGUCUAACAAUAAAUGAAACAAAGUUUCGGCUGGCUGAAAAGCAUCAAACGUGCUCAACGCUGGAGUUCAACUCUUACACUGUACAGGGCAUUCAGCUGCUUUAACAAGAUUACCUGGAGGUUUUCACCUCCCCAUUUAUUUCAAGGGAGAAUCAUAUAAAUCUCUUGUCACUGUUGUGCGAUAUUUACAGGGUUAAAUGUUAUUUAUAUCCUUGGCAGGUUUGGGGGUAAAGUCCAAUUUUUAUUUUCCUAAAACGCUUCUUGUGACAGGAAGAAUUAAAAAGGUUUUGCUUUUAUUUGGAGUAACAAAGCAUAAAUCCCAACUUGAACCUUACUGAGAAUCUGUAGAGAGAGUUAAAGAUUAGUGUGAUGGCCAGGAGGCCUUCCAGUCUCGAAGACUGAGAGCAAACAAGUAAGCUGCUCAGGAAUUAUGAAGUUUUAAUUGAUGUAAAAGCCAAUAAAGAUUUUUUCACUCAUCAUUGAGAAGGGCUUAGAUAAUUUUUGACAUGUUUUCUUUGUUUUAUUUACUUUUGUUAAUAAAAUGUAAAUAAAAAUAGAUUUUCCAUCUCUUGAGAGACGCUUGUAUAAUUACCAGAAACUUGUUGGCUUAAUAAAGAUAAUUUCGUUCUCUA